UUGGCCCUGACGUCUGUGGCCGACGGUGCAGCGGCUGGUGGCUCCAGGCCUGUUUCUGGGCCGUCUCCAUGGUGGCCUCACCCACUCCCUCCGACAGCUGGCGUAGUGCCCCACGGAGCCCGUGUCACUCUUGACGCAGGCCUGGCGUCCCUGACGGCCCAGCGGGCAGGAGGCCAGGCCUGGGAGGAAGGCAGCCCUCAGCCUCCCAGUCCAGCCGCUGACGUGGAAGCGCCCUUGACGGCGGGAACAGGCCUGGGGGCAUCCCAUCAUCCCACUCCUAGAUCCCAGGCCAGAGCCAGAGGAGGGCGAGUGUGGCCGAGAGCAGAGCAUGCUGGGAGGGAGGGGCGCCAUGGACCCCUCCCCCCCAGGAGAGGCCUUGGUCUGCUGGGGACGGAUCUGGGCCAAGGCUGCAGGGCUCCAAGCAGAGCUUCGAUGUUACCACGAGGCGUCUCUGAUUCUGGUCACCCCAAGCCUCGAGAGCAGAAACUGCCUGCCUGUCUGCCUGGACUUCUCUACCUCCGCGGGGAGGCCCACACUGCCGCAGUACCAAGUGUGGGCAUCACAGGGCUGCCGGCCACCCGGCCCGUGCUGAGCUCCCGGCAGGUGCACCCUCGUUUGUGCUUCAUCCUAUGCCCACAGGGAAGUCCAGGAGGAAGAAGGACUUGCGGAUCUCCUGUGUGUGCAAGCUGCCGGUGCCCAACCCCACACCUCCCCGGAACCUGGACUCCCGGACUUUCAUCACCAUCGGAGACAGGAACUUUGAGGUAGAGGCCGAUGACCUGGUGACCAUUUCAGAGCUGGGCCGUGGCGCCUACGGGGUGGUGGAGAAGGUGCGGCAUGCCCAGAGUGGCACUAUCAUGGCCGUGAAGCGGAUCCGGGCCACCGUGAACUCACAGGAGCAGAAGCGGCUGCUCAUGGACCUGGACAUCAACAUGCGCACAGUCGACUGCUUUUACACUGUCACCUUCUACGGGGCGCUGUUCAGAGAGGGAGACGUGUGGAUCUGCAUGGAGCUGAUGGACACGUCCCUGGACAAGUUCUACCGGAAGGUGCUGGAGAAGAACAUGACCAUUCCGGAGGACAUUCUGGGGGAGAUCGCAGUGUCUAUCGUGCGUGCCCUGGAGCACCUUCACAGCAAGCUGUCCGUCAUCCACAGAGACGUGAAGCCGUCCAACGUCCUCAUCAACAAGGAGGGCCACGUGAAGAUGUGUGACUUCGGCAUCAGUGGCUACCUGGUGGACUCCGUGGCCAAGACGAUGGACGCUGGCUGCAAGCCCUACAUGGCCCCUGAGAGGAUCAACCCAGAGCUGAACCAGAAGGGCUACAACGUCAAGUCGGACGUCUGGAGUCUCGGCAUCACCAUGAUCGAGAUGGCCAUCCUACGGUUCCCUUAUGAGUCCUGGGGGACGCCCUUUCAGCAGCUGAAGCAGGUGGUCGAGGAGCCGUCCCCCCAGCUCCCAGCUGAUCGUUUCUCCCCCGAGUUUGUGGACUUUACUGCACAGUGCCUGAGGAAGAACCCUGCAGAGCGCAUGAGCUACCUGGAGCUGAUGGAGCACCCUUUCUUCACAUUGCACAAAACCAAGAAAACAGACAUCGCUGCCUUCGUGAAGGAGAUCUUGGGAGAGGACUCGUAGGGGCCGGGCUGGGCUCUCGUGCCGCCCCCUGCUGAGCAGAGCAUGCCACAUCCAUAAGCUACUGCCGUCUGGCCGGGGCGUUCCAGGAAGAAAGGAGGGGCCGUUCCCGCCUGGCUCUACGACAGGCCAUUUGUCCCAAGUGCCAAAGAACCAGACCAUCGGGGGCUCCCUGCCAGCCCAGUGGGCCCACCAGUGCCUCUGCCCCUGCUGCUCCCAGACUCUGCGUCUCCCUGAGACCUUGGACUGGAGGGGCCUGGACACCCGCUGCCGGCACUGCUGCCGCCUAGGAAGGGCGGGUGCCCGAGUGGACAGUCUGCUUGCUGCCUCGGCCCCGCCCCAGGUGCCAUCCAAGGUGUAUAUUUUUUUAUCUCUUGACCGAAUGGACUUAGUACACUCUGGCCCAGGGUGGCCACACCUCUGUGCCGUCUUGGGUGCAGGGACACUGGGGGAGGAGCCAUGUGAACCCCCUACGACUCCCAGAGGGUGAUGCUGUGAGCUGCUCAGCGCCCCCAGCUGGCAUGUGGCCUCAGGGCACACCAGCGCACCUGGCCCUGCCUGCCACCCAGGGGUGUUGACUCACUUUUUUGUGUUUUAAUUUAUCUUCUGUUGAUUUUUUUCCUUUGCUCGGUGGGUUUGGCUGGGUUUUCUUGCAUGGUUUGGAGCUGAUCACUUCUUCCGACCCCAGGGCACCAGCAGGCUGAGACUUGCCUUGGCCCCUCUGCUCAGGCGGGGUCUUGGGGACAGGGCCUAGUCUCUGCCCGGAGAAGUGCUGCAGAACUGUCCCUCGCACUCUCCGGGACUGGCUCGAUGGGCUGGGGAUUUGCUUUAGUGUUGUUUAAAAGAAAAAAAAAAGAAAAUAUAUUUUUUUGAAGAAAGGACUGCCCAUCCCAGGUCCUUCUCCCAAUGGGUUGGGCGGUUACUUGGUUUGUUAUUUUAAUUAAAAAAAAAAAAACAAGUGGGUGGGA